CCUGAUAAGGCAUAUGGUCCCCAUGUUGGAUACUUUCUUGUGAAGGAACUCAAAGGAAGAUGCCCUCAGAUACUCAGUGGUUUUCACAGUAUUGGGAGGCAGUGUAGAUAGAUGUCUAGGCACACGGUCUUUAUCCUCAAACAGACCUUCAUUUCAGCCUCAAACGUGCUGCUGUGGGAGCUCAGACCUUGGGCUGUUUAUUUAGCGCCAUGCAUCCUUUACGGUGUGUGCUCCGGGCACAGGGGUGUCUGAGGUUGGGGCCCUUGGCCUCUGGGUCCCAGCUGCAGCUCAGGACCUGCAGGGCACAUAGCAGUCAUCACAGCACCGCAAGUCUCAGUUCAGAAAGGCAGCAGGAAAAUGAAGUUCGGAAAGAUUUCACCUCCAAGCUGGACACAGGGCCGACUUUUCAGGAUUUUUUAAGGAGUGCUUCAGCUCCUCAAGAGAAACCAUCUUCUCCGGAUGUGGAGGACCCACCCCCCUAUCUCACAGCGGAUGAACUUUUAGGAAGGCAGAGAAAAGUCUACCUUGAGACAUAUGGCUGCCAGAUGAAUGUGAAUGACACGGAGAUAGCCUGGUCCAUCUUACAGAAGAGUGGCUACCUGCGGACCAGUAACCUCCAAGAGGCUGAUGUGAUCCUCCUUGUGACGUGUUCUAUCAGGGAGAAAGCUGAACAGACCAUCUGGAAUCGUUUACAUCACCUUAAAGCUCUGAAGGCAAAACGGCUCCGUUCCCGAGUGCCUCUGAAGAUUGGGAUUCUAGGCUGCAUGGCUGAGAGAUUGAAGGAGGAGAUCCUCGACAGGGAGAAAAUGGUGGAUAUUUUGGCUGGUCCAGAUGCCUAUCGAGACCUGCCACGGCUGCUGGCUGUUGUUGAGUCAGGCCAGCAAGCUGUGAAUGUGCUGCUGUCUCUGGAUGAGACCUACGCAGAUGUCAUGCCAAUCCAGACAAGUCCCAGUGCUACCUGUGCCUUCGUGUCUAUCAUGCGAGGCUGUGACAACAUGUGCAGCUACUGCAUAGUUCCUUUCACACGUGGCCGGGAGAGGAGUCGGCCUGUUGCCUCCAUUCUAGAGGAAGUGAGGAAGCUUUCUGAGCAGGGGCUGAAAGAAGUGACACUCCUUGGUCAGAAUGUUAAUAGUUUUUGGGACAAUUCGGAGAUCCAGUUCAGCAAUAUAACGUCUACCCACCUCAGUCGUGGUUUCUCCACCAACUAUAAAACCAAGCAAGGGGGCCUUCGUUUUGCUCACCUUCUAGAUGAGGUCUCCAGAGUCAAUCCUGAAAUGAGGAUCCGUUUUACCUCUCCCCACCCCAAGGACUUUCCCGAUGAGGUUCUGCAGCUGAUUCAUGAGAGAGACAACAUCUGUAAACAGAUACAUCUACCAGCUCAGAGUGGAAGCAGCCGUGUACUGGAGGCUAUGCGGAGGGGAUACUCAAGAGAAGCUUAUGUGGAAUUAAUUCAUCAUAUCAGAGAGUCUAUUCCUGGUGUGAGCCUCAGCAGUGAUUUCAUUGCUGGCUUUUGUGGUGAAACAGAAGAAGAUCAUCUCCAGACGGUGUCUUUGCUUCGGGAAGUUCAGUACAACACAGGCUUCCUCUUUGCCUACAGCAUGAGACAGAAGACACGAGCAUAUCACAGGCUGAAAGAUGAUGUCCAGGAAGAGGUAAAAUUAAGGCGUUUGGAGGAACUUAUCACUGUCUUCCGAGAAGAAGCAACAAAAGCCAACAAGACCUCUGUGGGUCGUACCCAGCUGGUGCUGGUGGAGGGGCUCAGUAAACGCUCUGCUGCUGACCUCUGUGGCCGGAAUGAUGGAAACCUUAAGGUGAUUUUCCCUGAUGUAGAGAUGGAGGAUGUCACUAACUCUGAGCUCAAGGUGAGAGCUCAGCCUGGGGACUAUGUGCUGGUGAAGAUCACUUCCGCCAGCUCUCAGACACUUAAAGGACAUGUCCUCUGCAGGACCACACUGAAGGACUCCGCAGCGUAUUGCCGACCUGACUCUGCAGGACCACACUGAAGGACUCCACAGCGUGUUGCUGACCUGACUCUGCAGGACCACACUGAAGGACUCCACUGUGUAUUGCUGACCUGAGUGGAUAGCUUCAGAGUAGAUGUGGGCAGGUGUUCCCAAAAGGACCAGAUAUGACUGGUCACUAAUGAAAGAGGUAAUGAAGUUUUGGAGACAAGCUGCAAGUGGUGGAGCAACUUUAUGUAAAUGGAAAAUGCAUCUCUUUGCUGCACGUGAACAGCUUUUACAAUCAUUAAAUUUACCUAAACUAAGGUGGUCCCUUUGUCUCUACUUGUACUUCAUAGUAAACACUUACCAAAUGGGGUGAUCAUGCAAGAUUUUGCUUCUAAAGCAGACUAUGUGUAUUGGGAUAUGCUGAGGCUUUUAUUGUGUAUCUUGUCAGGAAUUCCUUUAGACCCUUUCCACUGAUCUGUAUGACAGCCUUUGGGAACCCCAGGCUGGGAACCUCUUCCUCAGGUGCUGGUUCAGCCUGGGAAGAAUGUUUGCUGCUCUCAAGGUCCAUCUUCUACUGUGAGAAACAUUUGUAUGCUUUUGUUCAAAAGGCAUUUUUUUAAAAGUUUUGAAAUUCAAAGUAUGAACAAAUAAAAUAGCAUGUGGUAAAUUCAAA